AUCUUCAUGACCCACUUGUCUAACUAUGGGAAUGACCGACUAGGGUUAUAUACAUUUGCCAAUCUGGCCAGUUUUGUUCAAAGCUGGACCAACCUGAAGCUUCAAACACUACGUCCAAUUCAGCUGGCUCACAAAUAUUUUGAGCUCUUUCCAGAACAGAACGACCCACUCUGGCAGAAUCCAUGUGAUGACAGACGACAUCGUGAUAUUUGGUCUAGAGACAAAACUUGCGGCCACCUACCAAAAUUUCUUGUGAUUGGACCCCAGAAAACAGGAACAACAGCACUCUAUUUAUUUCUCCUUAUGCAUCCCUCCAUAAUUAGUAAUCUUCCUAACCCAAAAACCUUUGAGGAAGUUCAGUUCUUUAAUGGAAACAACUAUCAUAAGGGAAUUGAUUGGUAUAUGAAUUUUUUUCCUACCCCUUCAAAUAUCACUGCUGAUAUAUUGUUUGAGAAAAGUGCCAACUAUUUCCAUUCUGAAAAUGCUCCCAAACGUGCAGCAUCCUUGAUACCCAAAGCAAAAAUCAUCACCAUCCUCAUUGAUCCAUCCGACAGAGCCUAUUCCUGCUAUCAGCAUCAGCGUUCCCAUGAGGACCCCACUGCUCUAAAGUUCAAUUUCUAUGAAGUAAUUACUUCAAAUGAUGCAGCGCCAUCUGAACUAAAAGGCCUACAGAAGAAAUGUUUGAUUCCUGGCUGGUAUGCUGUCCACAUAGAAAGGUGGCUAAAAUAUUUCCCCUCUUCACAGUUGUUAAUAAUUGAUGGACAGCAAUUAAGAAGUGACCCAGCUACUGUGAUGGAUGGAGUUCAGAAGUUUCUGAGCAUUUCUCCUCAUUAUAAUUAUUCUGAUGCAUUAACGUUUGAUCCUCAGAAAGGAUUUUGGUGCCAGCUGCUGGAUGGAGGAAAAAUAAAAUGUCUGGGGAAAAGUAAAGGCCGAAAAUACCCUCCCAUGGAUCAAGAGUCUAGGGCAUUCCUUUCAAAUUACUACAGAGAUCACAACGUGGAACUGUCUAAAUUGCUGCACAGAUUGGGACAACCUUUGCCAUCCUGGCUAAGACAAGAGCUCCAGAAACUGAGAUAGCACAGAACAGAAGUGAAACCGUUUUGUUCUGUCCUUCACUUCCUGGCUCACUCUCAGCUCUCAGUGGAAGAUCUGGUGAUAUUAAGGAUAUUAAAAGAAAGGCUGCACCAAAAACAAGCAAAUAAAACAAUCAGAGCUUUGAAGUAUUAUCCUUUAUCCUUUACGGGGUUCACAUAUAUUCUGCAUAUCCUGAAACUGUACAUAUAUGACUAUAUGACCUAGAGUUAUCACCAUGUAUGACA